CGAGCUAGCAGCUAGCUGCCGACACAACAACAGCUGAGAGGAAGCGACGAGAGGAAAGCAGAGCAGAUGAGGUCCAGGAUUCAUAAUAAAAUGUGUUCGAGCCGGGCCCUUCACACCGGCUGGGUUCUGCUGCUGGUCCAGGUGCUGUGUUUAGAGGCAGUGCCCAUCAGUAUGGAUAAGACAAAAGUCCACGAGCCAGAGAAGAAACUCGAAGAGCCUCCAGCUAGUGUGGACACUGGACUCCACUACGACCGCUACCUCAGGGAAGUCAUCGACUUUCUAGAGAAAGAUCAGCAUUUCAGAGAAAAGCUCCACAAUACAGACAUGGAAGACAUCAAGCAAGGUAAACUGGCCAAAGAGCUGGACUUUGUCAGCCAUCAUGUCAGAACAAAACUGGAUGAGUUGAAGAGGCAGGAGGUAAACCGACUCCGGACUCUGAUUAAGGCCAAGCAGGACAUUGAAGGAGGGAAUGACAUGGUAGUGGACCACCAGGCUCUGCUGAAACAGUUUGAGUACUUGAACCACAUGAACCCACAUACAUUUGAAGUGGAUGACCUGGACCGGCUCAUCAAAUCGGCCACUAAAGACCUGGAAAACUAUGACAAAGAGCGACACGAGGAGUUCAAGAAGUAUGAGAUGACGAAAGAGCACGACAGACAAGAGCACCUGAAAACACUGGACGAGGACGGGAGAAAAAAAGAGGAGGAGCACUAUGACGAGAUGAGGAAGAAGCACGCCGACCAUCCUAAAGUCAACCACCCAGGUAGCCAGAAUCAACUGAAGGAGGUGUGGGAGGAAGCUGAUGGCUUGGACCCCGAAGAUUUUGACCCCAAGACCUUUUUCAGCCUGCACGAUAGCAAUGGAGAUGGCUAUUUUGAUGAACAGGAACUGGAGGCAUUGUUCACUAAAGAGCUGGAAAAAAUCUAUGACCCCACCAAUGAAGAGGAUGAUAUGGUGGAGAUGGAGGAAGAGAGGCUACGUAUGAGAGAGCAUGUGAUGAAUGAGGUGGAUUCUAACAAAGACAGGCUGGUUUCUUUAGAGGAGUUCCUGGUUGCUACAAAGAAAAAAGAAUUCUUGGAGCCAGAUAGCUGGGAGACUCUGGAGCAGAAUCAGGCUUACACAGACGAGGAGAUGAGGGAGUUUGAGGAUCAUCUUGUUCAGCAGGAACAGGACCUCAACCAAAAGGCCGAUGACCUCAAGAAACAGAGAGACGAGCUGGAGAGACAGCAGGAGCAGCUUAAUGCACAGAAAAUAGAGCUGCAACAGGCAGUUGAGCAUAUGGAACGGCUGAAAUCACAGAAAGUAGAACCCCCUCCAGAGGUUCAUGUUGAAGGAAAUGAUAUCCCAGAGAUGCACGACCAGUUGCAUCCUGAACAAGAGGACCAACUGCAAGGGCAUCAAUUUGCACCCCAAGUUCCUCAUUAUACACCUCAGGAGCACCAUGAACAACCACAACAUAAUCAGGUCCUGGCCCAGCAAGGUCUCCCCCAGACACACCAGGAUCUGCCUCCAGGCCACCAAGAAGCUGCACAAGGCCAGCAUAACAUGCCAUAAUAAUGCUGUCAGAACUUGAACCACCACAACCAGACUUAUUGCAGCACUCCAGUCCAGCGUGCAGAGCAGCAGUCUCCUGAGUAUUAGGCCUCUUUAACCAGCAUGACUUACUGUAAGGGUUUGGAGGACAUUUGCGAUGGAGAGCAGCUCAAAAGGAAUCACUGCUGAAUGAUACCAGUGUUUGAUAUUAACUGUAAUCCUUGGAUUACAUAACGGAAUUACAAUAGUGAAAUGAUCAGCCAAGGACGUGCAUCCUAAAAUGUGCAUAUUGACAUUUCAAGGAGUAUUUGAUUACAUUAGAAAUUAAAAAGUGUUUGGUAAUACAAUUAUACAAAAAUAUAAUUCUGGUGAGCUUUCUUUACCUGCCGUUUGCUGUUCAAGGUACAGAACCUCUAAUAAUGAUCUGCUACCUUGCAGGUUUGAGCAAAAUUGGAUUUAUGCAGUGUUGAGGGGGACAAGGUGUAAAAGGUAAUUAAAAUGUUAUCAAUUACAUUUUCUGACUUGACUAUCAACAUACCCCCAAACAUCUUUAAAAAAAGAUUAGUUUACAUGUGUGAUUUGUGGAGAAAUAUGUUUCACUGGACUCUAUCAAACAGAAAUUGAGUGCAAGACACAUUUUUAAAGAUUUUCUACUAUAGCAAUUGUAACCGGUAAACAGUAUCUUGAUACCCUAACAUUGAACAGUAAGGACCUCUUGAUGUACAACCGUGCAGUAAUAUAUAUUCAAAAUCUGCAACGGUCCAGUCAGAUCUAGUAGAAAACACAUUUAAUUGCCACUGUCACCAAAUAUUACACUCUUUUAAGCAGAAAUGGCCUCAUGACAUCAGACUGCUCAGAGUCCUUAUACUUGUCAACACUUACCAAUACUUUUGCUACUUUCUUAAUAUGGAUUCUGGUUGCAGCCGUUUACCUACCUUGAAACAUCGUCUUUUCAUUUGUAUAGUCAGAUUUUCUUAACUGUAGAAAUGUGUGCUCUGCCUAAAAAGACAUUGGGUACAGGACUACAUAAACUGGUGUUAGGUUAUUUAAAUAUAGGUAUGGGACAUCUCUCAAUUCAACAAAUAUCUCUCCUCCUUCAUUACAGCCCAAAGUUCUGCAGAUGCUUACAUGGGAGUUUUAGUUUACUUUCAGUAUGUUGGACCACUGAAAUAAUAUAUUUACUUUGGAACACUGGCAUUUUGAUUUUGUUCAUACACAAAAUGUGUAUGUAACAUUUAUAUAUACGAGUUAUGAUUUUUUAUUUGUUUUAAUAUAAUCGUUUUGCUGGUUAAGGUGUAGACCUUUACUUCGGUGCAUUUAAUCACAAUAUUAUGUUGAAGCAACGGCUGGAUUUAGUUCAGGUAUUUAAAAAGAAAAGAAAAAAGGCUCUGAUUUGGUAAGAGCCGAGUCUGAUAUUACCACUCUUUUAAUCAUCUGAUUAAUAUUUAACAUUGUUUAAAUCAAAGUGUGAUGUCAUGGAAACUUCUGAAAUUUGCAUUCAGUUCACGUCAUUGUAUUUGGCAACAGGUGUGCAUCACUUGGCCCUAAUUUGAAACAUUUGGUAUGGCAUAUUUUCCUCAAAUGACCAGUUUGUAGUGAUUGCUGUGCUAUCCAGGUUGCUUUUUUCAUGUAAUGUUGUGGUUUCUUCCAGCUGGCAGACUGUGGUCAUGGCAAACAAGUGUUUACUUAGUUACUUUUUACUGAUGAAGGCUUCAUUUGCAUCCAGUGAGAUAACGGGUCUGCCAUAUUGUGGUUUUACUUCAUACAAAAUCUAGAUAUGGAAUACAUUUGUUUUCUGUGAGCCAAGUGUUCCUUUGAGACAAUACUGAAUCAUCAUUUGCACAAAAUGUUGUUUGAUCAAACUAUAAAUUUUAGUCAGAAUAAAACGGUUAUUAUUUCA